AUGACUGCGGCAAAAACCCAGGCCGAGCUGGUGAGAAAGUGGAUGGUGCUGGCAGAAAGCAUCCCCGAGGGAAUCGGAAAAGAGGAAGGCUUGGAGCCUGCCACGAGCGGGACUGAAAACGGUUUGCUCCCGACAGCCAAGGCACCAGGAUGGAGGGAGCUCCAUCAGGCAGCCAGGAAUGGGGACCUGCGGCUGGUAAAGCAGCUACUGAAGCGAGGGGCAUCUACAAACAGCAGAGACGAAAAUGGCUGGACUCUCCUGCACGUCGCUUCCUUACACAGCUACCUCCCCUUGGUGAAGUUUCUCAUCCAGCGUGGAGCCGUGAUCCGUACCGACACCAAGGCCGGCUACACACCUCUGCACCAUGCUGCCUGGAGCGGCCAUACCCAAGUGGCGGAUCUCCUCCUGGCCCGGGGGGCGCCAGUGAUGGACUCCACCAAAGAGGGCCUUACCCCGUUUCAUUGUGCGGCCACCAACGGCCACACCUUGAUGAUGCAACUGCUUCUACGGCACGGGACAGAUCCCAACGCUUGCGACUGUAACCAGUGGACCGCCCUGCACUGGGCCACAGCUGGCCACCAGCUUCACAUAAUGAAUGGGCUGAUUUCCCAAGGGGUGAGCCCCAAUCUCCAAGGCAAGGGAGGUGUCACACCUCUACACAUCGCUGCCGAGAUUGGGAGACCCGAAACGACACGUCUGUUGCUUGUCCAAGGGGCCGACGUGAAUCUCCAAGACGACUGCGGAAGGACGGCGCUCUCUGUCGCUUCUAAAAACAGCCAUCCUGAGAUCGUGAAGCUGCUGCUCCAGAACCAAGCGGAUCGAAGCUUAGCAGACCUCCGCGGUUGCACCCCGCUCCACAAGGCCGCAGGCGCCGGGUGCCUGCGCUCCGUCUGCCUUUUGCUCAGAGGAAGCUCCCCUGCCAGCCUUAAUCGAAGAGAUGGCCUCCUGCUCACACCACUCCACCGCGCAGUCCUCGGCGGUCACGCCAACGUUGCCGGUUGUCUCUUAGAGCACGGAACGGACGUUAACACGGCCGGGUGGUUGGGGAAAACCGCUUUGCAUUUGGCUGCGGAGAAAAAAUUCUUUCCCCUGGUGGAACUUUUGAUAGCAAAGGGGGCAGACCUGAGCCGGAAGACUUGGUGGAAGGAGACCGCCGAAGAGGCCAGAACCCAGAGCUCUCUCUAGCUGUGCUCUCCCUGCCUG